AUGGCCAGGGAGAGGCCACCCGGCCGGGGCCGCGGCAUCAUGCGCCGGUGGCUGCUCGGCGACGCGCUGCUGCUGCUGGUCUUGCGACUCUGCCUGGAGCUGCGACGCGCGGGGUCGGGACCCCCAGCCCGCAGCGCCCCACCGGGCCCGGAUCACCGGCCUCAGAGGCCGCACCUGCUGCCCCCGCCGGGCCCGCCGCGGGGUUCCAGCAGGAGGCAGGUGACAUACGUGCGCAGUGGGCUCCGAGUGCCCCCCGCGCCCACGCCCGGUUGCUGCGCCCCGCGCGGGCGCCCCCGCACGAAGGGAUCCCGGUGGCACAUAGAGCUCCAGCCAUGGGCAGGCCCUGCUCAGUCCCUAGAAGAGGAGGCCUCGAGGUUCCUGAGAUACAUCAACACCAUGCAGAUUGUAUGUGAUCACAUGGGUGCAGACUCCAGCCUUGCCAAGAAGCCCUGGUUGGUGUGUCUUGAUGACAGGUUUGGCUUAGCUCAUCAAAUCCGCAACAAGCAGUGCCGCCUCUAUUCUCUAGGGCUGGGAAGUGAUGAUACUCAUUUUGAAGCAAGCAUGGCCAAUAAUGGAUGUGAAGUACACCAUUUUGAUCCUAGUGUGAAAUCAGCUCACAUUCUGGAGAGCCAGCGCCUUUGGCAUCACCGACUGUCCAUUGAUUGGCGUGAUCCCCAUCCAGCUGCUGCUGCCCAAAAGACACAUAGCAACACCAGAAAACUGAGAAGCAUCUUGGAUGAAUUUGGGCAUCACAAGAUUGAUGUUCUCAAGGCAGAUCUGGAAAGUGCAGAAUGGAAAGUUUUGGAGAAUCUUAUUUUGGAAGAUGUCCUUGAUCAGAUUGGACAGCUCAUCUUUGAGAUCCACCUCCACUGGCCUGGCUUUGAGGUCAGCGGCAAUGACAGCAGUGUGGUGCGGUUCUGGUACAGCCUCUUCAAAGAGUUAGAGUGGAAGGAUUUCAGGCUUUUUCACAGUUAUAAAGAUUUGUCUAAACCACAGCUCUUCUUGAAGAAAGACAUUUUCAAUGCUAGUAGCUGUUACACUCUAAGCUGGGUGAACACGAGAUGGAAAUAGAAGCAGGACCUCAUCAAGGACAUGUUUGCAGAGGGAUCUUUCCAUUCUCCUGGCCACAAGUUCAAUCCUCCCUCUAGCUAGCUGUCUAAUCCUUGCUCAAGCAGGGAUUGUGGUGUUGUCUUUACAGUGCAUAUAGCCUGGUGCUCAAUGUGUGAGAG